UCCGCACCUGUAGGGGGCGACACACUCACAGCUGCAUCUCCAACGGAACAAACAUGGCGGCGUCGCUGGUUUCGUUUCUCCGCGGAGGUCUUGGAAGGAGUUUUACCAUUGCCAGGAGUUCAUGUCUCCUCCAGCAGCAGAUCAGAGCCCAGAGCGCCACAACCGACACCUCCCCUUGUCUACAACCUGCUGUCGCUGCGCUACAACUCUCGUAUUCGUAUCAAGACGUACACUGACGAGUUAACACCGGUGGACUCUCUUGUCCCCGUUCACAUCGCUGCCAACUGGUAUGAGAGGGAGGUGUGGGACAUGUUCGGAGUGUUCUUCUCCAACCACCCCGACCUGAGGCGCAUCUUGACAGACUAUGGUUUUGAGGGUCACCCCUUGAGGAAGGACUUCCCUCUGUCAGGAUACGUAGAGGUUCGUUAUGACGAUGAGGUGAAGCGUCUGGUGUUGGAGCCCCUAGAGCUGGCACAGGAGAUGAGGAAGUUUGACCUGAACACGCCCUGGGAGGUGUUCCCGAACUACCGAGAGGCCAACGAGCCUGCACCAAAGCUGGAGGCUGGUGACACCGCCCCGGAGAAGAAGUGAUGGUUCAGUCCUCGCACACUUCAUCAGCAUCACGCCCUGUUUGUUUGUCUUAUUGUGGGAAACCCCACUUGAAAUAUUUAUGUAAAUAAAAAUACUAAGACAAAGUUA